UUAUCCAACUAGCCUUGGUCUCCCCUCUUGAACGGUAUAUGUUCUCUGGGUUGGGCAAUAUAAUCGCAGUGACUGGACCUUCAGUCGUUCGCGGUUAGUGACGAAUUCCGCAUCGGCCGUUCUCUCUUUUCCAUAUUGUCUUGCCGAGUAAACUACAGACUACAAAAAAUCAAUCAUGCCGACCUAUAAGUUAACAUAUUUUAAUGUGACCGGUCUUGCGGAGGCGAUUAGAUACUUGUUCCAUUAUGGUGGUGUAAAAUUCGAGGAUAUCCGACUCACCUUUGAUGAUUGGCCGAAAUACAAAGCAGAAAUGCCGAUGGGGCAAGUACCGGUUUUGGAGAUCGACGGCAAAAAGUACAAUCAGUCUAGAGCCAUCAGCCGUUACCUCGCCAAGAAGUUUAAUCUCUACGGAUCUAAUGAAAUUGAAGCCUUGGAGAUCGACGCCACAAUCGAUUCCAUGGAAGACAUGAGACAAGCAUUAGGCAUCUACUACUGGGAGAAAGACGCCGCCAUUAAGGAGAAGUUCAAGCAAAUCGCGUUUGAGAAAUACCCCGUUUGUCUCAGCAAGUUUGAGGAGCAAGUUAAGAAGAACGGUGGCUACUUCGUCGGCAAAAAGUUGUCAUGGGCGGACAUUCAGUACGCGGCGUACGUCGAUAUGUUGUGUGCGUUCACGGCGAAAGACAUCAACAAGGAUUAUCCGGAAUUGAAGAAAUUGGUGGAAAAAGUUAACGCCCUUCCUAACAUUAAAGCUUAUCUCGAGAAGCGUCCAAAGUCGAUAUUUUAAAUCAGACCAAUCUGUAAUUUUGUAUUUGUCGUCAUUGAUUGCGAACUCUUACUGUCACAUACAACUCUUUGCUAAACUUUUCUCGCCAUGAUGUUCUGUAAGAAAAGAUUACACGUCGACAUAUAAAUUCGGAACAACAUUAAUCGGUCAGUUUGCAGCGCAACAAGUGUUAAUAUUAUUACAUGAUAAAUGUAAAAAUAUUAUUACAUGAUAAAUGUAAAAAAACAUAGAAGUUUGUCGAAUAAAAAAUAGAAUUAUCUUCGAGCAUUA